AUGCGCACCUCACGGGCUGGGGUCGCACUGGGCCCGACUCGGGGCGCCCGGGCUACGAUGUCGGAGCUUGGUGGGCCGCGUCGGGCAUCAUGGACUUCGUCAGAUCCCACGAGAGUGCGGCCCCGCCGAGGUACCAGCCCGGCCUGGGAGACCUCACGACCGCAACACAGCUCCUGGCGGGCAUCGGCAUCCAUCGCUCUUUACCACAGGGCGCGGACGGGGAGAGGGCAGCUCGUGGACGCCUGCCUUCUUCGUAGCGCUAUGUACGUGCAGGGCUGCUCGCUUGCGAUGUCUUCGGCGGCCCAGGCAAAGACUGGCUCGAAGGGCUACAACCCUGACAGGCCCAGCCCCAUGCGGGCUGAUCGCACAGGCGUUGUCAACCCGGCCAAUAACAAUUAUCGCACAAAAGACGGCAAGUACAUUCAGCUCGUCGGUGUCGAGAUGAUGCGCCAUCUUCCUGGCAUUCUGCAGGCCCUUGGUAUUCCGCAUCUGUUGAAGGAGAUGAAAGGGUUUCCAGGGAACAAGGAUAUGUUCAUUGCCGAAAUGGACAAGGCCUUCGCAACAAAGACGGAGGCAGAGUGGACCCAGCUGUUCGACAAUGCUGGUGUGUGGCACGCGCGAGUCAGGAAGCUCGAGGACAUGCUGCACGACGAGCAGGCAAACGCGUGCAGGUCGUUCGUGGAGGUGCCAGGCGUGGCCUCGAAGCUCCUCGCCUCCCCGGUGCUUUUCGGCGCCGGGGUCGACGACGUGCCGACGCGGCGAGCGCCUGCACUGGGCGCACACACCGACGAGGUGCUGGGGCCGCUGCGGGCUAAGCUCUGA